CCAACGCCGCCAUUUUUCUUGUUAUGGUGGACUGGGAGCUGUCUUUUCAGAUCUAGAAAGGUCUGCAGUUGAUUUGUAGACUUUUUGUCCCCUUUUUACCGUCUAGAUUUUUAAGAAUAACGCCAAAACAAGACUAAAACAUGGCGCAGUACAAAGGAGCUGCCAGCGAGGCCGGCAGAGCGAUGCAGCUGAUGAAGAAACGAGAAAAGGAAAGGGAGCAGUUGGAGCAGCUGAAGCAAAAGAUAGCGGAGGACAACAUGGUGAAGUCCAACAUUGAUAAGAAAUUCUCGGCUCACUACGAUGCCGUAGAGGCGGAGCUGAAGUCCAGCACAGUCGGUUUGGUGACGCUGAACGAUAUGAAGGCAAAGCAGGAGGCGCUGGUGAAAGAGAGAGAGAAGCAGCUGGCCAAAAAGGAGCAGUCCAAAGAGCUCCAGCUCAAGCUCGAGAAACAGAAAGAGAAGAAGAGGAAGGAGGAGCAGAAGAGGAAAAUAGCCAGUCUUUCGUUCAAUCCUGAGGAUGAGGAGGAGGAAGAGGAGGAAAACGAAGAGGACGACGAUGCUCCUGUUAAGAAGAAGAAAUUGGGGAAAAAUCCAGAUGUGGACACCAGUUUCCUUCCAGAUCGAGACAGAGAGGAGGAGGAGAAUCGGCUGAGAGAAGAGCUCCGGCAAGAGUGGGAGCUGAAGCAGGAGAAAAUUAAGAAUGAGGAGAUUGAGAUUACAUUCAGUUACUGGGAUGGCUCCGGACAUCGGAAAACCGUCAAGAUGAAGAAGGGUAAUACCAUCCAGAACUUUCUGCAAAGAGCCCUGGAAGUCCUCAGGAAAGACUUCAGUGAGCUCAGGUCUGCAGGAGUGGAGCAGCUGAUGUACAUCAAAGAAGAUCUGAUAAUCCCACAUCACCACAGUUUUUAUGACUUCAUCGUGACCAAAGCCAGAGGAAAAUCUGGCCCGCUGUUCAGCUUUGACGUCCACGACGACAUUCGCCUGGUGAACGACGCCACCGUGGAGAAAGACGAGUCUCACGCAGGUAAAGUGGUGCUGAGGAGCUGGUACGAGAAGAACAAGCACAUCUUCCCCGCAAGCCGCUGGGAGCCGUACGAUCCGGAGAAGAAAUGGGACAAAUACACGAUCCGGUGAUCAUCUCCGCUCGAAUGUGCCGUUGCCCGUGGAAAUAUCCUGGUUUAGUUUAGUUUUUGUUUUUUAGGGGGGGGGGGGUUUGACCUGACGAACCUCGUUGUGUAAUUUCUCCUCGCACGCUCCGGAUUUGUAACUUCUUUUUUUUUUCCUCUCUUGUCGAGGACCUCACAUGACAUGUAAAUAAGAAGCGUCUGCGUGUAAUAAAAGUCUUUGGACCGGUGAAGAGCCUUUGCAUCAUGUGCCUGAAACACCUGCCCGGCAGAUGUUUGUCUAAAACCCUUCAGUUUCAUGUUGUUUUUUUUCAUCUCUCCUCAGAAUCUGUCAGCUGUCAUUGCGGCUUCUUCAUUGUUAAAACACGCACAAAAGGGGAGCACCCUGGCUCCUCCUUUGCCCCCGGGGCGCCACUCCCCUCCCCGUCGGUUUUUCUCCCUCCUCUUUGGUUCCUGCCACUGACACUCUCAUAUAGAGUCGAAAACAAUCCCGGCGUGUCGGGAUUCACUCUUCGCCGUGGUUGCGUUGGUUGGUAAAUGUCAUGCCGGCUGUGGCAGCAUGUGGACGGAGGCUCUCAUUUUCUUUCAGCUCUCGGCGCUCGCUCAGGCUGACGGCCCGCCGGCAGCCAUCACUCCUCAGGACUGCGGUCUGGACUGUAUCCGACAGGGAGGCCCUAGCUGCGAAUACUGCAGAAUAACCAGAGAUGAUCUCAAGACAGCGCUGGGCAUUAACACCAUGCCUUCAUUUGGAGGUUGCGUGCCGUGGCCGUGUUUUGAGCUGCUUGGACAGGAAGAUCCCAGCAUCUGUCAGCACUAUGUUGAAGCUCCAACGGAUGUGAACAUCGAGUUUGUUCACGCGCCCAACCCCGAUCACGACACCGUCGUCGUGUCCUGGAAGCCCAGUUACUACGGCAUCUCCUUCCUGCGAGGCUUUCAGGUGUCCCUCCAGGCUUUGGGUGGUUCCAGGGCUGCUUGUCAGCUCUUUCUCUUCCAUCGUAACAUUUCCCUGCCAGCUUCACAGGCCCAAAUGGUGUACAAGUCAGACCCAUUCCCCGGCCUCUCCCUUGGAUCCCAGUAUGCCGUUACCGUCAUGGCUCUGCCAGUUCCCGAGAAGUGGGAGAAGUUCUACCACAGCAAGAUGUUCUCAACUCGCACGUGUGCAGAGAAGAAAGGUCUCGAGCAGUGUAAACACGACUGGUACCCAAAGCAUAUUGAGGUCCAACAGGAAGGCUCCAUCAUUACAGUGACCUUCAACCUGGCUCCUCCCAACCUGGGCAUCAGAAGCUACUUCUCACUUUGUUACGCAAACGGCAUGAAGCGAUACAUGGACAUUUUUCCUAUUGCUGCUAACCAAGUGGACGCAGUGAGGAAAUCCUUCAGCGUUCAGGUCAAGGCCAUCCAGACAGACGCUGCCUCCACCCCCCCCACCCUGGCCGUGGUGCUUCCACUGUGUCUGGCUGCAGUCGCCUUACUCGGACUCUUGCUGGCAGCUCUGACCUGUUGGAGGCCCAAGCUUCGCUGGAAGAAGUCCGAGCCUAAACCAGAUAUCCUGAGGCAGUUUGAGGACGGUGGGAAUCAGGAGGAGGUGCUGUCUUUAUCUGGGACCAGACCCACCCCCCCUCGCCUUCUGAUUUGCUACAGCGGCAACGACAGCCCUUCUCACGUCAAAGCCGUCGUGCAGUUGGGAGCCUUCAUUCAGCAGCACAUGGCCACUCAGGUAGCACCAGCUUAUUCUGCAGCAGUCACCAGAGUGGAGACGCGGCCCAGGCCCUGCUUGCUCUUUGCAUCCAACAAAGAUCCAGUGUCCCGUGUGCGUCUGGACCUUUGGGAUUCCCUGAGUGUGGCUGAGGAGGGCAGCUUGUCCUGGUACUGCCGGGAGAUCCAGGAGAGUGACUUUGUCAUGGUGGUGUGUUCUCCAGGGCUGAAGCAAAGGCCCGUGACUCCACAGCCACAGGAGGGGGCCGACGAGGACGAGGAGGUGUUCGAUUUAGGGUCAAAUGACUACGGCUCUGAGGCGGUCAUCCAACUGAUCAGAGAAGAGGUGGGCCGAGCCAUGGCCGGUGGGCAGGAUCUGUCCAAAUACAUGUGCGCCGUCUUUGAGUACUCCGAGGAAGCAGACGUCCCGGCUGAGCUGAGGCUGGUGGCUCGCUACACACUGGCGAGGGACUUCCCACUGCUCUUCUCCCACCUUCACGGAGUGCCACUGCACAGGCCAGGGCGCUACCUGAAGGUAGACCACAUCACAGAGGAGGGCUUCACUUCGGUGCCAGCCGGAGCCGCUCUGCAGUUGGCUAUUUACGAGGCCGGCGAGGCCAUGAAGGCCAAAAGCCAGCAGGAGGGAGCCGGGGGACCCGUAGAAUAGAUUACAGUUGAAUUCAGCAAUACUUUAUCAAUCCCUUCAGGGAAAUUGUACACCUGCAGUAUUAAAUAUUAUCAAAGAUAUCCUUUUACUACAGACAGAUAACAAUAUACAGCAUAAAUCAGACAACAUAUAUGUACAGAGGUGAAGUGAAGGGGAGAUGGAGGAGGGGUUGAAACCUCCCAGGGUCGACAGUCUGGAUUGUAUUUUUGCAGUUUAGCAGCAAGUUAGCUCACAAUGUCCCACACAUCGUCAGUGGGUAACUCGGGUGAACUCGCUCACUAACAACAUGCAGACCAGGACGACGCAUCUGGGAUGCAGAUGUUUUCAUUCUCAAUAAAAUGUCCAGGAUCCAAGCAACAGUUUUAAUCCAAGUUAACCAGGUACUCCUCAGUUGUGUUUUUGUGGCAAUAACAAUGCACUAUGACUUGUUUGUUACACAUUAUGUAUAAUCAUUAAUCCAUGUAUCUGUAUGAAAAAUGUCAGUGAAGAUUUCAUGUAGAAGCUGCUAUUACUUUUACUAUUGUUCUUUUUUCUUUUAAACAUGUUGAAGCUUUGUUGUGUUUUUAUAUAUUAAAUACAUAUACAUAUAUAUAUAUUUUUUUGUGUUUGCCGGUAUGCUAAUAAAGAAAAAAUUAAGCAUGAUUUUUGGUCCAACUGCACAUUAACAAACUUGUACAAAUCAAGGGCGGGGCCAACAGGGUUGUCUGUACCCCCAGACAUUCAAAUUCAGUCAAUUCCAAAAUGUGAAAUAGCAUUUACACCAAAGAGAAGAACCUUGUCUCAUAUGUUCAGUGAAGAAAGCACAAAACCACCGUUAUUAUACUUGUUUACUUUUUUUAAA